AUGUCUAUUCAGACAAUAGAUGUCCUAAUAUUCCGUUCGUACUUCGCGUGGGUCGAUACUAGUCGAUAUGAGACAGAUAUCCACUAUAAGAUCACUAGUAAGUCGAGACCAACAGGUGAUGAAAUUCGAUCUGCAGGUGUGGUUAAAAAGUUAAGCUUAUGUGUGAUCCUAAUUUCCAAUAUGUCUUCUCCUAACAGUGAGUGGUUGGCCAGCGAACGCGGUAUUGGUUUUGUAAAAUAUGGAUGGUUAGACAAUAUAAAUAGUGGUAAAAAAAUAGCAAUAGCCAAAAUUUAUCUUCAUCCAGCAUUUGAUAACAUAACUGGCGAAGCAGAUUUGGCUAUUGUAAAGCUUGCAGAAGAAUUAAAGCUAAAUGUUGUCCAUUCGUGGCCUAUUGAAUUGGCGCCAUACAACUAUACUCCACUGCCUGGAACUGUUUUAACUGUUUCCGGUUGGGGGGCUAUAAGAGAUAAUGGACCUGAGUCCGAUAGAUUAAGGAAAACAAAUGUGACAGUUGUUAGUCCAUCUGAUUGUCAAAAAAUGUAUGAAAAAGAUCAACAAAUAAUUACGCAAUCUAUGAUUUGUGCUAAUAAUCUUAGCCAAAAAAGCGAUUCCUGUAAUGGUGACUCAGGUAGACCGUUGAUAUUAAUGAAUGGCACUGUUCCAGUACAAGUUGGGAUAGUGUCUUUCGGAAGGAAAUGUGCUAGCCCAUUUUUUCCAGCUGUCUACACCAAUGUUGGCUAUUACAGAAAUUUUAUUGAAAAAUUUCUAUAA